GCAGAACGCUGGGAGACACCGAGCCAGAGGCUGCUUGCCCGUGGGUGGUCUCCAGUGAGUGCUCCUUGGUGUCCACACCAGCCUCCACGGGCUCAUCUCUGCAGCCUGUCGCAGCCCAGCGCCACGGUGUCGUCUGCGCUGGCAGCCCGCUCGCCCCUCCAGUGCAUCCAGUGAAGCAUUGUGCAGCCCAGCUGUUUGUCAAGGGCUAGUAGUCUGAUCCUGGGUAGUCAGACUGCUAAGCCUGGCCUGGCAGAGCUGGAGCAUUGCGUGUCAAGUGUUGUUUUUCCAGUAAUUUGGACCUUUUGAAGCGCCUCCUUGCCUAAUGCCAUGAAUAUUGCAGUGAACAAUGUGGAAGAAAAAGCUGUCCAUUCCUGGUCGAGAAUUUCUUCUGCAGGACAAAAAGUGCUGGAGGAAGCCCUCCGAGUCUUCAACCCAAUGUCCAAGGACCUUUCAGACACAGAGACCCAGCUGGUGGCCUUUAUUCAGGGCCUCAAGGAGGAAGGCUAUCAGCCCACAAUCCUAAGGAGUAAAGAUGUAUAUGGUUACAGUUCAUGUACAGCAGACACGCCUAAUCAAGCAAAAGAGAGCACACAACAUGUUUCCACUGCAGCAACCGCUGCUGCUGCAACCGCAUCCGAUUCUGCUAAAACUCCAGCUAGAAACACAGCAGCUGUGGCAAAGGUGCCCGCUUCAUCCACCAGCAUUUCCGUGAACUCUUCUAAGGUCUCUGCUAAGCCUGUCUCUAAAAGUAAUUCCACAAAUCUGCUGCUAAACUCCCUGAAGCAGACAAGAUCUGGCACAUCUAAGGCCUCGGCAGUGGGCUUUCCUGCGAAUAUGUAUCCUGAUGUAUAUCCAGCAAUGAGACUGUCUGUGGUUCUGGAAGCUCUGGUGCCACUGAAAACCACCGCAUCCUGUUUGGAAUCCAAGUACAAACAGGGGCAUCUUGGAAUCUCGCCCUCAGACCUUAAACUCCUCAAGGCUUCGAGUCCACCGAGGCAGUCUUCCUCAGGCAAGAGCACUAAAAUAACAGAAGCUAAGGGUUAUAAGCGUCUGAAGAAAGGACCAGAUUGUGCCACCCUCACAUUAAAUCUUCUGAAGGGACCAAAGGGUGGUGUGCUGCAGGAGAGUAAUGCCUGCAAAGCCUCGGGAGUCCUCAAUGGGAGAGUCACGGGGAGCUCAUCUAAAGGCAACACUGUAGCAGCACAAUCCAAGGCUUUGAAAAUCAAAGCUAAGGAGGCUCCCCUGGGGAAAAUGGAGUGGAAGGAUAGCAGCAGUCACCAGGAGACUGUCGGGCAGAAGAGGAAAAGAGCUACAGAGGUGAGAGAAGCACCACAGAAGAAGAAGAAAACAAAUACCAUUCCUGUCCAAAACAAACCUCAGCGGGCUCAGAGCACUUUGAAUCUGCUGAAAUUCCAGGCAAUCAAGGUGGACAACUCUUCUGAUGAUGAAGUGAGGAGGAGAGCACAGAAAAUUCUUAGGGUCAACCUGUCCCCUGUGAUCCGAAUUCAGCCCUUGUCUCAUUCUCACAGUGUCUCCUGAAUUUCUUCACUUUGUCACUUUUUUUUUUCUUCUUUUUUUUUUUUUCGUAAGUAAGUAUGAGCCAGGUGCCAGAGUGUGGAGAAGUUUAAGAUCAACUUUGGAUCUCUAGUGUCUGGUGACGACAUGUCGACUAAUACCUGCAGAUGGAGCAGCCUGCUCCAGUGCUGUUCCUGGCUGUCUACCAUUGCUAUGCAGAACUGACUGCAUAAGUACAAAACCACGUUUAUGAAUACAGGAUGGUGACUCCUUGCCCGCAGCAAGCUGAGCAGGUCAAAGUGUUCACUUUCUGUGGGAUCUUUUCUAAAUGUGGCAGGCUGUGCUCUCAUGCAGGGGGAAAACAUACGACUUUCUCAUGACAUUGAUGCACUGUGAUAUUUGCUCUUUUUCAAGCUGUACAUUUACUGGUUUUAUUUUGAUCAAAUUUUAUAACUUUAUUAUCUAUAUAUCUAUAUAUCUAUAUAUGUGCAUAUUGCCCAGGAACUGUGGGAAGAUGCACUUCUUCCACUCUUCUGGGAUUGGGUUCAAUAGCUUUUGUUCCUCCUCCCCUUCAGCCAGUGUUUUGUUGAAAGGUGCCAGCAUUUCUUUGUAAUUCAGUGUUGUGACAGUAUUCUGGGCUCUUUUGUACAGCUCAGAAGCAGGCAGAAUUAUAGCUACUCAUUCGUCUCCAAAAACAUCAUACAAUUUAGGAGAAUGACCAGCUGAUAGUCAGAGUAUUGUUCUAAUCGUACUUUUGGUAUUACCUCCACACAGGCACAAGAGUGUUACUGGGCUACUGCCUGCAAGUCUGCCUGACGCUUUUAGGUGCCUCCUCCACUUCUUGGUAGCAGAAGCUCUGAACUCAUCUUAUGGGUUUGCUCCAAAGAGCAAUUCUGUCUCAGAUCCCAGUGGUGUUUUGCUCCUUUGUAUCCCAGGUGCAAACUUAGAAAAUGAACUUGUGACUGUUGCCAGCCUAAAAGCUGGAGCUGUUAAUAGCAAUUACUUGCUCUUUCCUGUCCACAACUUACUGUUUUGCUGUUACUGAACAUUUCAGGAGCAGAUUCUAGGUGCCAGUAGAGAGGAUAUCUGCUGUGUUUGAAUGUAUUAGAUAUAUCCUGGCUCUCCUUGAGUUCAGUGGAGUAUCUGAGUCUGAAUCAAAGCAGAAAAGCAGAAGGAUUGGGAGGAUAUAUCCCAGCACUUAAAACAAAUGUAGAGAGUUUCUUGCUAUCAGUUUGUGGGGGUGAAGCAGUAGGAGAGGAGAAUUACCCCACCAUCAUUAACACAUGAUGGAUAACAGCUCUGCUGUUGUUUCUGGGAUGUUGUGAGAUGGUUUGUGGUAGGUGUGAAAGCUCUCUUGACUGCAGGCUCUGCCCGUCCCCAGGAGACACUGCAGAACCGCUGCAGACAGGCUGUGAUGAGGCUUCCUGCACCUGGGGGCACGUUGCUGGAUGUGAAUGCAGACUCUGCACAGCCUGAGGUCAGGCCUCUUCUCUGCGGAGAGAGGAUCUGCAAACUACAUGAGAAACACUCAUGUUCAAGCAAUUGGUGCUGCAGCAGCCACCUGGGAGGGACAGCCUUCGUAGUCCUACUUGUGACUGACUGUAAGAUCCCAGUUUGGAUACUGCAAAAGCAAAAUACGGCAGCCUGGGGAGAGGGAGCAGUGUCAGGCCAAGUACAUUCAGACCUCUGCAGCAGCAGGCAAGUAAUUGACUUGUUCUCUCACCAGCUCAAAAUAUCAGUUGUCUGACCUAGUAAUCCAUGUGGAUAUUGGCUGGAAGGCUGAGCUCCUCUGGAAAACCACAACUCCCUACAUUCCAGCUCUUCUCUAGCAUCUGUCUGGAUUUCAGUGCUUUAUAGCAAGGGUCAGUAUCUGAUUCCCAGCUCAGAGAGGAAAGCUGAAGUAUGUAGUGGAGAAACUGGGCGUCCUGAGGCUCAACCAGGGUUCUCCUGACUCCCCCAGGUAGGGCAGUGCCGUUAGCGGGGUAGAAGUUUUCCACCUCAGGAGGUGGUUGCAGGCUGUGAGUCACACGCUUGGGUUUGUGUUUUUGCUGUGCGUAACUGAGUUGCUGUCAAAGAUCAUAAUUUGCUGCAGUGUUUGAGGCUGACCUGUGAAUGCCACUGGUUGGCUGGAGAGCAGGAGGAAAUAUUUUCUUCUGCUUCUGUUUUUAAAAUGCCCUGGCAGAGAGAUCCCCUUUCCUGACAUGAUGCUGGAUGAAGAGAGACCCUCCAUCACUGUUGCCCAGCCAGUGUUGCUUUGUCUCUUUUGUUUCCAUCCCUUCAGACCCUUCUCAUUCCCACGCUCUCAAAUGCCAGGUCUUGAAGCCUUGCACUGGAGUUUCUCUUCUUGGCUGUUUCCUGAGGAGGGCUCUGAACUCCAGCCUGUGGUAUUGCUGCCUGACAGGCUGCUCUUGUGGCUUCCCCUUGUUCCCAACCCCAUAUAAGGGCACCAAGAACAGUCUCCAGAGCCCUUUCUGUGCAGGGAGCAGAUGUUCUAGCCGAGUGCCUGGGCUCUAGGGGGAAGAGCAGCUGAAUUCAGAUUGAAGUUGCUUUUCCUCCUGCCUGAACAGCCUCCAGGAAGCUGAGCACCUGAGGCCGACACAUCAGGAUGUAUCCUUUGCCUUUGUCGUACUUCUUCUCUCUGCUGAAUUGCUCCCUGCCUCCCUACUGUUCUGUCACCUCUUGCGUUUCACCAGUCUGAAUCUUUGCCAGUCAGAGACUUGGCUUAUACUGUUGCUAAACACAUCAAGCAGAACAUACUGCCCUAGCAGAGCUGUGCCUUUCUAGGCAUUGAGCUGAGUUCUGAAAACAGUUGAUAAUGAUGGCUCGCCUGGUAUCCUCCCCAGGUCACCAGCCUAAAGGUCUUCUGCUCUGCAAAGAGAAGUGGGUGUUGGAAAUGUUCGCGUGCUAAGACUGUAUCACUGAGGCUCCUGCGAGGGAAUUGAGCGCCCUGAAACUGUGCACUUAGGGACUUGCCUGUGAUCAGUCAAAUCCCUGGCAGCAUUUCUGCCUAUCUGUAAUAGGGACCACAGGACACCUGAGCUAAUCAGGCAGCUCUGGAGCUCUCAGAGUUCAGAUCUAGUUUGCUGUGUGCCUUUCACAGUGAUUCUCUGCUGUCCUGAUGUCUCCUCUUUUCCUGUGCAGAUGACUUUGGAAUUUGGCUGGAAGGAAUGCAGCUUGUUAGUCACAGAGGUUUUUUAUAGCUUCUUGUGCCAAUGUCAGCAAGUGCUGCCUGACAGUUACUUCCCAGUGAGUCCAGUGUUGGCACAGAGGGUCCCUGCAAUCUGUUAGUGGUAGACUUUGCAGUCCUAAGUCUUGUGGCUGUGUGCAGCUACUCCUGGCAUCUGGGUCCUUUGACACUGGUGUGCAGGAGGCUGCAGAAGGGACUGUGCUGUAACUGUGUGUUGGCUGGUGCUUAGGGAAGAUGAAAGGUCUGAUCAAAACAAGUCUAAAGCUUGAUCUAACCAGAGAUCUCAAGUGGUCCCUUCCAACUUAAAAUUUUCUAUAGCUACGAUUAGACCAUUUGCCUUCCAGAGAUCUGCAUGGCAGUAACUGGCACGGCAGGUAGAGAAUGUGUUGCCUGGAAUGCUCUGGUCUCUGAGUGUGCUGUAUGCAGGUUGUUCAGACCUGUUCCUGUAUUAGUCACUUUGAAUUCAUCCAAGUGCCUAACCUGGCCUAUGCUGUUCCUAGGCGUUGUGACAGCCAAGAGCUUUGGAGACACUCUCUUAGGAAUGCUUUUACCACAUGGAUUUGUGCCACUGUCACUUCAAGAAAUGAUUCAAACAGAGUUGAAAGGACUGUUCUUCAGACUGAGUUUGUGGAAAUCAUUUUUCCUUUUAUUCAGCUGCUGAGAAGCAAGAGUUUGUGCUUCACCUGCACCAGACCGGCUUCCUGUGUGCUUCAGACGUGCGUCAGUGAGGUCCACGGGGAGAGCAUCUUACCCGGCAGGCAGGUGAAGGGAGAGCUGACAUCGCAUACCAGGUUGAAGUUAUAUUAAUUAGUAGAAACAUUGUUUUAAAGCUUAUGUGCACAGGGAUCAGUUUUCACCUUCUGCCACCACUUUCAGCUGGAUAAAUUUCUUCCCUGCAAGCCACAUAGUGUGGUGCUGCUGUUUCUAAACUGUUUGCAUUGUACCCCAGAGCCAGCUACAGUAGUGAUCCUUGUGCAGAAGUUCUUAAGCACUCUUUUGCAAAAUAAGAAGGGAUUCUUUUUUACUCCUGUUUUGUAGCCCGCUAGUAGAACUCUAAAUAUCUUGGUAUUUUAGUUGGGGAAGAGGUGUGUUCAUUCUGCAGAGCGUAGUGAGCGCUAAUGUAGCUGGAUACUUCUCAGACCAGAGCAUCGUCCGCCCAGCCUGUUGCUGCCAUGCUCACAGGACAAGCACAGCCCUGCUCCAGGACCUGCUGCGGCCAGUCCCCUGCAGAGCGGUGAGGAGCUGGUGCAGCCUGUUCUACAGAGACGGCGUUCUGCUCCCUUCGGCAUGGCUGAAAGCCCUCGUUGUCUGGCUUUCCGUUGCACAGAGUUCAAGUCACCAGCUAAGACCAUCUCAGCAGUCAGGGGGUAAAGCACCACUGGUGAGUGGGGUCAUUCAGUUGCUGAGGGCUUGCUGCACGUCUAGCUCGACAGCCCUGCCUGGUAGCUGCAUGUAUUGUGCCUUCCUGCUGCCAGAGCCCCCUUAGACACCAGCAGCACUUCUCCACUGGUGGAGCUGGGUGGAAAUCCCCCUGCCCCAACUGUGGCAUGAUGGGGGGAUGCCCUGGGUUUUGGACAUGAGCACAAGACUGAGUAGCGGUUUGGCUCUCUGACUUGUGACUGUCACCCUGGUUCCAUGACCAGAUCUUGCUAGCAUGCAGAAGGGUAGCAGUCUCUCCAGACGCUUUCCCUUUGGGCCAGAGUUUCCUACCUUGUCUGGGAGCUGGGCCUAUCGCCAUAGCAUGAGGUACAUGUGCUGACAGAGAGCAAACUUUUCUCUUAACUGCAGUUGGACAGUGUAACGCUAGUUGGGAAGCCUCCCAGACUGGAAGGGAGGUUGAGGUGGGUGGAUCCUGGUUUCUGCCAUGCUUGGCAGAGUUCGUGCCAUGCUGCGAGGAGCACCUGCAGCUCAAGCAGCUUGGUUUGGGUGGAAGUGACUUUCUAUUUUUCAGUAUACAAAGCGACACUGGCCUUUCUGAUCCUGUGGUCAGAUGGAGGCAGCUUUCCGGGAGCUGAGGUGGCUUGAGGAAAAGCACUGUUCUGUGGCAGCUUUUGCCUUCUCGAAGGUGCUGCAGCACUUUUCUUUCUGAGCUGGGCAGGCUGGGACCGUCCUUGGAGAGGGUAUCAAGGAAGGUGGUUCCCAGGCCCUCACGCUCCUGGGCUCUGUGCCAUGCUCAGGUUUCCUUCUCCUUGCAGACUGCUCCUGCCUGGAGCUGGAUGCUGUUAGACAGGUGCCAGGUGCCUUGCUGACUCUGGAGCAGAGACCUUGUCCCAGAUGGCAGGAGAGCCAGCCCUCAUCACCAGCUCAACCUCAGCUGUCGACUCUACAGUAUCUGUAGAUGUGACAGCAUUAGCACUAAACAGCUUGGCUGGUUGCUGCCUCCAAAGCAGUGGUGCUGUGACUGGACCCCUCAGUUUGCUUAAGAAGAUAGAGGAGUCUGGUGAAAAAUGAAGAAGCUGGGAUUAGGAAAAACCAAAGAUGCCAGCAGUGUCCGUCUGACCAGCUUUGUUUGCUUCUGCUACAGGAGGAUUUCCCCAAAUAGAGGGAGCUAAGUAUGUAGCAUACUGGUAGCACUUCUUGAACUCCAUCCCUGGCAGCUAAAGGAGUCUUUCCUUCUCUGUCUGGUGGCAUUACGUGAGGCACUUGGUGCUGCAGGCCCUGGAGGGCAGGGAGAUGCCUUUUUGAAGCAAGCACCUCCUUGAGCCUUUGGUUUCCAUCUCUCAUUAGUUGCACAAACUGGCUUUGCUUAGGUGGUCACGAGGAAGGGAAGCGCAGGAAGGUCCAAGCUCUCAGCUUGGAGAGCCCCCAGUAUGUGCUGGUUUGUUCCCUCUGGAAGCCCUCACAGAGAGGGCAGCUCUUCCUUGUAUGAGCAUCUGAAAUAACUUCCCCUGCGGGGAUGAUUAGGCCUUGCCCCUGGGGAGUCCCUGAAAGGCCUUAUUAUCGUCUGGGCCUCUCUCCUCAUUGUCUUAAUUAGCCCUUUCCCUUCCUGUUGCUACAGGCAGCCCCUGUGAGAGUCUGAUGAUUCCCACAGACAGUCAGGCACACAGUGCUGAUAUAAAAGAGAGGGUGCUGCAAAGCUGCCCCCAGAGAUGCCUCCCCUCCUCCCUCAGGGGCCUAGAAUUCAAAGCAGAGCACUUUGAAACGUGCCCCAGCCCGUCAGACUACCAAGGCCCAGGAAGGGACGUGAUUAGCAUUGGAAUUUGUCAUGGGGAGGAUGCAGUGUCCGGAGUGUAAUGUCAUUUUCUCCUCAUAGUUCCUGAUGCAGCAUUUCUGAGGAACAUUAUUUCCAGAGCAGUGGCACAGCAGUCGGUCUGUGGGGCAUGGGGGAUCUAGGGUAGCGAGAGGCACUGCCCAGCCCCGUGAACUCAUCUUUGCCGACCAUCGUCUCCAAGAGAACUGGCUCCAUGACUGCAGUGUGACCGACUCGCUCUGGCUGGGACUGGUGCAGCCAGCUUAGCCACAGAUGUUCCCCGGUGGCCGGAAAUCCUGAGCGACGCCCGUGGGAGCAGGGACCUGCCAUGCCCAGACUGCUCGUGCCAGCGCCCCGCAGCUUCCCUGUCCCAGCGAGCCCAAUGGGAAACGGCCAUCGCCCAGCAGAAGGACGAGUAACAAACUUUUGUAUGGCGAAUUUACAACUGAUCACUUUGUUCUUGUAUGAACUUUAUACUGUUUCAUUUGUUUGUGUAGAAUGUUUUUGAAGCUAUAUUAAUAUUUAAUGUUUAAUAUGAGGCUGGGCUGCUCCACACUGUGUUGUAUAUUUUGGAAUGGCAUUGUUUAGUGAAAAGGCAGUGUUAGUAUUAUUCCGCUCUUGAGAGGGAAUGGGACAAAAAACAGACUGUCUUUUUUCUUACAUGAAGUGAACUUUUUGUUAUGAAGUCCCAGCAGGUGUCCAGCCCUUCAGUAAAAUGGUGCUCAGAACCGCC